AUGGAUGCCUAUAACCGACAUGGGAAGAAGCAUAGAUCACAGCCAUCAUUGAGCGAUGUCGAGGACAUGUUCCAUGCUGUUACCGCACUGUACAAGGACGGAGUCUUUGUUAUUGUUGAUGCACUGGACGAAUGCCAGAUGAGCAACAAUGUUCGUUCCAAGUUCAUCAAAACACUCCUGCAACUUCAAUCCAGAGGAACUAAUGUCAACCUCCUGGCCACAUCCCGCCCCGAACCUGAUAUUAUGGAAGCCUUCAGUGGAUACUCCUACCUUGAGAUCAUAGCCCAAAAAGACGACAUCGAGAGAUACAUACGCAAUCGGAUGUCCGAUUGGCACGUUGUCUCAAACUACCCGGACCUGCGAGAUGAGGUCGUUAGUUGUAUUAUCAGCGUUGCGGAUGGCAUGUUCCUACUAGCCCGCCUCUUCCUCGAAUCGCUGAAGAGUAAAGUUAGCGCAAGGCGUAUCCGUGAAACAAUGAAGAAGCUUCGCAAGAGCUCUCAAGAAAAGAAUCCAAAGCUUGCCCUAUUACGCCAGGCAUAUGAUAGCGUAAUGGAGCGAAUCAAUGGACAACCGUCUGAUUACAAGGAGCUUGCCAAUCAUGUGCUAUCCUGGAUCGUCUGCGCCAAACGUCCUGUAAAAACAAUAGAGGUUCAGUAUGCAUGGGCUGUCAGAGAUUGUGAGGGCAGGAUUGAGGAAGCGGCGGUUCCUGAUGUCGAAGACAUGCUUCUGGCAUGUUGCGAACUCGUUGUCGUCGACAAAGAAAGCGAUAUCAUUCGACUUGUCCACUGUACAGCUCAAGAAUAUUUCCAGGAUACUUUGACUCGGUGGUUUCCGGACGGCCAUUCCAAUAUCGCCAAUACCUGCGUAUCGUACCUUUCGUUCAAUGACUUUUCAGGUGGCCCUGUCAAGACGCGUGAGGAGGCGUACGAACGACUUGAAAAGCCUCUCUUCUCCUACGCUGUUGACCACUGGGGACAUCAUAUUUCUGCGUGUCCCUCCUCAACUUUUCGACUGAUUGACCGAUUGAAAGAUCCGGAAUGGUCGGUGUCUAUGGGCUCAAUGAUUUCGUCGAGUUACUUCUUGUGCAUGCCAAGGAUAUUGAUCCAGACCGACAAGACAAGGCAGGCCGAACGCCGUUAA